CGUCUCAACAACAGUCAUCAAACUUUGAUUGGGCUGAAAUGCAAGACCAAUCAGUCAAUUACUUACCAGGCAUGCUGCUACGAUUGGGUUGAGGUUUGUCUUAGUAUUGCAUACUGCUAAGAAACCUCUUGGCAUGAUACACAUCAACUUCGCUUCCUAUUAUCCUCUUCCUGUUCAGGCAAGACAUUACUGUCGAUGAAUGUCAUGACAAGUGUUUUUAGCCUACAUCUUCAGCAGAGUCAUGUCUAUGACGCGAGGGAAUAAACGAGUCUUAUCUAUCGUUUCAACCUAUCAACCCUUGAGCUCAACGUCUUUUUUCUUGGCUUUUGGUUCAGCCUAAGUCCAAGCCAUCGACGUCGGUUCCAACCGUCCUUCUCCUGGCGGAAUAUACCACUCAAACACCUCUAUCAUGGCCGCGGAGAUCACCAUUGGGUCGCUAUCAUUCAGCUCUUGAGAUAGACCCCCAUCUCCUGACUAACGUUAAUUGAUCGCAUAGCUUAGACUAUAGCUGACCGACAUGUCGUUUCAACAGAAAAAAAAAAAAAACCAGCCGCCCCUCCCUCACCAAUAAGCGCGAGUAAUAUGUCAAACACAGCAUAUUGCAUUGAGUAAACGGCACUUUAAACGACAUUUGUUUCCAGAUAUCGAUAGAUACCAAGCCCAUUGGGUAAAAACUAUGUUUGUCAGAAAAGAUUGGCGGCGCGGGGGUCAAUUGCUGCAAAAGAGGAUCCCUCAUGAGUGAGGGAUUUUGCUUCAUGACUCCCCCCUCCUCGUCUUUGCUCUUCUUGGGAUAGAACACGGCGAUGCACUCGGCGAUGUCUCUCUGGACCCUUGAACCCCUCUUGCGUCUGGACCGCCAGACGUUGAGGUGAAGGGAAAAAACAGUUGUGAGUGGGUUCUCCUGUAAAUAACGCCGAUAUGCCAGCGAACAAGCGGUUUUGCUUUUGACCGGCGACUACGAGACUAGCGGCGGCAACGUGCUGUGAUGCAACAUGAUUAUUGAGCCCCGUCGGUUCUAUCCAGGCGCAUUUCCAUAUCAGGAGCUUCCGCUGGGAAUGUAAAUCUCGAGAUGAAGCAUGUUGAGCUAUUUACACCUUGAGGGGUUCCUCAGGAAUAUCCGCUUUGGGAUAUUUCGAAGUCAGAUCUACCAUUCUAUUUCGAGUCUAGUUAUUUUAAGAAGAACAUGAUACAGAUGCCAAUAAUACCAUCUCAUGAGACGUCUAACAUCUCACAAUGUUUUGCAUUGUAACAUCCACCAUCCACAUCCACUUGCAACGUAUCCAAAUGCCUGGGUCCCCAUCUGUCACAGACAUGAGAAACACGUGAUUUGGCUCUACCCCGGAGCUUUCGGUGCCGGCACGCCGGAGUCUCCACUAUCGCCUGGUUCCCGCCGCGGCUGUGUCUGUGUCGCAUGACGACCAAGCUAGACCAAGGUUAGAUCCAGAAAACGACUCCAUUCACGACGCUUCACACCGCGACUAUCAUCCAACACCAAACGACACUCUACAAUUCUUCCGCUGCAAACACUUACAUCAUGGUGCUCCUCAACCUGCUGACUCUGGGGCUCUGGUCAAAGGUCGGACGGUUGACACACUAUGCCUUUGACGCCGUUCUCUUCUCGGCUUUCCUUGCCGGCAUGAAGCGAUCUACUGGCCUGACUUUCAAGACCGACAAGGUCGCCGGCGAGAACAAGGAAUUCACCGGCUGGAUCGAUAGAUACCUCGGUGUCGGAGAAUGGGUCAUGGAUCAAUCCGUCGCGAUCGCAGGCUCCAGCGGCUACUUUGAGCGAACCCGAUGAGCGACUAGGACGACACCCUUUUAAGCUAUCGAUACCAUGGACUUCCCACUCAGUUUUACAGCUGCAAAUGACUUAAAAAACGACUUAACGAUCGCGCGGAGGAAAUGGCCAAAGUUACCUGAUACGCGUUCGACGCGCUCGGUUUUCAGAUAGGCGUUCGGAUAUAUGACUAACUAUGCAUGUGAAUUGGAUCAAUGAUACUGAUAUUCAAUUAAGGCCAUGAGCUUCUAUCCUGCUGUCGUGAAUUGCAUUAGGAAUAACCAACAACCUGAACCGAGUUAUUUAAACCUACCCAUCCCUUCGUGUCAUUACUCAUAAGCCUAAUCAACGUCCCAAACUCUUCCUCCUAGUCGAUCUUGGUUUGUUCUUUGUGCUCUGCCAGAAACUCAGCUGGAACCUCGUCCUCAGAGCUGACCCGUCUCAACAAUACGCUCUGUUGUUGAGGGCUGUCCGGAGGAUCACGAUCGUGGUCCUCAAACCGAGAUACCAACAAGUCAGCGGGAACUUCGUUAUCGCUCUCAUCGUGACUUUCUUCAGGAUUCUCGUGGGGUUCCCCUUCCGUAUUGUCUUGUGUUCCAUUAUGUUCAGAAUGAUCCUCUGUAGUGACCGACUCAUCUGGGAUUAUUCCGAGCGUUCUCCUCAAGAGUGCUUUGGCCUCGAGGAACGCCUCCAGCUCUGCGCCGAUCGCGCAUAUGAGGAGAUUCCAAUGUUUUGAUUCAGCCAGCUGCAAUCGCUUCCCCAACUCUUCAACAACAUUGUCCAUCUGGGACAACUGAUCUCGUAUCGCGGCUUGUUGCGGCUCUCCGUCAGCAUCUCCCGCUUGACUGGCUUUGAUCAGUUCCCGCAAUCUCGCCUCGAAUUGUGCGACAAGCCCUGUAACUUCAGACCAAACUUCGGAGCCUUCAAUCAAAGCCUGGCGGUCUUCUGAUAUUUGGGUCUUGCGACGCUCAAGCACAGCGAUUUCUCCUUGCCACCACGUUCUAGCCAUUUCUACCGUCCUGCGCUCUGGUCUGAGCUGCAAGAACUCGGUACCUCGCAGCAUAUCAGUAUUCUCCUUAGACCGAGAUUUUGCACCGGCGCCGAGAGCAUCUAUAUCCAACGGUGUAACAGGGGGUCUUUGUAUCAGUGCCUUUACUUCUGUGUCCACGUCUCGACCAGCAGCUCUGUACCCACUAAGACCAGCCUCUCGUCGAUUCUUAACAUCCUCUAUCUUCUCUCGCACCCAUCUACGCCGAUUUCGCAUUGCAAUCAAUUUCUCUUCUAGAAUUCGUAUGUCGUGGUCCAAAGCCUGCUGUUCGGCCCCAAGCUCACGGAGCUCCUGGCCCAAAGGUUCUUCUUCGUCGUCUUCCAAGGCAUGAAGCUCAGCAUAUAUAUCGUCCCUCCGCUUGCUCAUUUUGUCAAGGUAUGCCAGAGCGUCCUUUCGUUGUUCUAGCGCCGUGUUCAGAUGCGAGUUCUCCUCCGCUUUCAAGUCUGAUAAAGCAGCCAUGGCCCGCUGGAGACCAGCUCGAGCUGAUUUGAGGCCGCGUGGUUUGCUUGGAGCGGGUUGUCGCACAGGUAUAACACUUCCAUCUGGCGCAGAGCGCACCGGAAUAUGUAAGGAAUUUAUCAUUCGUGAUUUCGACGUAGCCGUCGAAUAGAAAGUACUCUCCCCAGUACCAGUAUCGCUUCCAAAGUUGCUUUCAGAACCCCCAUCUCCGCUACCAGCAACCAAGCCUGAAGCCUGAAGAUCUAAAAGUUGUUGAAUAUCUCGUUCCAAAGCCUUUUCUCGUCGCUGUAAGCUUCUCCAUAUCGAGUCGAGUCGUGGGCGAUUAUCUAAAUGCUUCUGGCUCGGGCUGUCACUCAACCCAAAGCGACUUGGCGAAAGCAACCCAAACCCUCGCCCGCUAUCGCUAUGAUUCGGGGAGACUGAUUGCCGUGCGGGAUCUUGGUUAAUCAAGACUGAGGAUGCGAUCGGAGGGGGUGGUCCUGCGAAGAUAACUUUCGACCUCCUUCGAGAAGGUGAAUUCUCAUAGCGAUGCUUGCUGUCCCACGAAGCAGGUGAUGAAGAUCGCCGGGUCGAUGUGGUAGAAGUAGGUUGGGCCGUCUUUCUAAGUCUCGGGCGUGGGGGUUCCUGGUCGAAGAGAGGGUCUUCACUUCGAGGUUCGAGCUCGUCUAAGUCAUACUCGCUGACUUCUCGAAUAGGAGGGCUACGCAGUGGGUUGUUGAGGAGUCGCUGGGUUGGGCUGGAAAUACGAUCGAGGAUAGAGGGAGAAGACAUGUUCGCUUAUAAAUAGAGAUACGGGAGGAUCGGGUAUGAGAAUGAUGAGAGUAGUCGCAGUAUUGAAGUUAUCGCAAACAUUCGCUCGAUUUCGGAUAGACACGGCUCGAAGCUUUUAUAGCUGUGGAGUCUGUAGUCGCAGUGCUUCACAUUAGGUGAAGUAUAUGAGGAUAUGCAGUGAUAGGUGUUGUAUGAGCGGUGACGAGUCGUUGAAGUCGUUGGCAGUGAUCAUAAGAGAAGAGCUUGAUGAAGCUUGCUUGAC